AUGCUCUGGCAACAGAUGGGCCGAAAGUGGCCCAGGGCAGAUGUGGAGGGAGUGCUGUUAAAAUGGAGACAUCAGAAACAUGAACCUUGUCUCACUUCCUCACCGUUCAUCUGUCAGUUUCCCCUGUCUACACAUACUUAUCCGUAUUGUCCACAAACUUCUCACUAUUCCGCCGUACCUACUGUAUACCAUUCACGAACACUGCAAGCCCUUAUUGAUCCAAAUGAAGCUGAUUUUGAAACAAUCGCCCUAAAGUCACUUGGUGGAUUUCUGUUGAUAAUCAACGACAAUGGCGAAAUCUACUAUGCUUCCGAGAAUAUCGAGCAGUUUCUCGGAUUUCAUCAAUCGGAUGUCCUCCAUCAACCGCUUUACGAUCUAAUCCACUCGGAAGACCGAGAUGACAUAAGGCAACAGCUAAACCUAUCCUAUUCCUUGCCACCCGGAAGCACCAAUCCACAAGAUCUUUAUGAUCAGGGUAACUGGUAG